AUGCUUACAGAAGCGCAACUUCGGCUACUUAAAAUACCUGAACUAAAAGAACUAUUAGUUGAGAGAAACUUACCAGUUUCUGGUAGAAAGGAGGAAUUGAUAACCAGAAUUUUGACGGCUGAGGGUAAAAAAUCAGAGGAAGCUUUAAAACAAACCAAUAAUAUGGAUAUUAAUAAUGUCAUUAACAACGAUACGGUACUCACCACCGAUUCAAAAAAUGAAGUAACUGAUUUAUUCGACAAAGAUCUGUUAAACUCGCCAAAUGACCUUACUUCAGGGCUUGAUAACUUUGAUUGGGAAAAAUUCACUACCGAUGAUAUUGAUGCUUUAUCCAAAGAUAAUACUUUUGAUUCGCUUAUUUCUCCUACUUCCCCUUCACAUUCUACCACUUCUAAUAAAGAUAGUACACAAGAAAAAGUAAAAUCCGAUGCAUCCAAAGAUGGUCAAUCUCAAACAAUAAAAUCGGACGAUGUCAAAGAAACUUCAGUUAAAAAUGAUACAAACUCAGAAUCUACUAAGCCUGAUGUUCUCGUAAAACCGUCAGGAUUCACAUGCAAAAAGAUUGUAUUUGACGAACCGACAUCACCGAUCAGUAAAAGUCAAUCUGAUUUAAACGCUGAAAUUGAAAGGCGAAAGAAACGUGCAGAGCGCUUUGGAACUCAAUUAUCAGAAGCGGAUAAAAAACUUCAAAGGGCUGCAAGAUUUGGCGUUGAAGUUACUAGUCCUAUUGAUUCUCCUCUUAAAGCACCUUUACCUUUUCCAUCCCGAAAAUUAUCUACUACUUCGGUUGAUAAUGAUGAAAAACUGAGAAAACGGGCAGAAAAAUUUGGUCUUGAUAAGACUAAAAAUGAAACACCUAAUAUAACGGCUACGUCAAAUUCUUCCAAUGUAACCAAUACUACAUCAUCUUUGCUUAACGAAGAGGAGAAAAAGAAAAGAAGAGCCGAAAAAUUUGGUACUAAUGUUUCAAAUGUUGAAUCGUCGAACAAAAAAGUGAAGGUUUAG